GUUUGUGAUAAUCGCAUUGUUUUUUGGGACUUAAAGGUGAGACACGGCGGAUGAAUAUUGGGGAGCUGCUUAUAGUGUGUAGAAUAAGAAGCUGUUUACCUCACACUCGGCGUCGAGAAAUAAGUGCCGGUAACGUACUUUGUGUACAUAUAUAUUAAAGCGCUGCACUAUAAUUUCAAUAUUUUAUAUUCACGAAAUAUCAUAGUCCAGUCAUAAUUAAAUUUAUUUUAGGUGGAUCUAUUGAUAUUUAUUUUAGUAUUUUAUAUGCUGAUAUCUGGGGCGAGUAUUCAUUUCCCUGGGUUACUGUUUGAAAAGAGUACAAUCAUGUAGUGAAGUGAACGAACGGACAUCAAUGAGACGAGUUCGACAAUCGUUUCACUAAACUGGUUUAGCGUUUGUGUAUUCGUCUAUUCCGUACAAUUGUUAUCAUAUGAGACAAGUACGGUGGACGCGCUUGAAUAACCAGAAAUAUUUCGAUCGUCAUGUCGUCGACAUAUCAGUCGGCGGUGGCUCUACAAGAGUAGGCGCACGACAGGUUCAAGUAGAGAGGAAGAGAUUAUUAUAAAAAUAUGGCAUGCAAAUCAAUGAAGGAAGAAUUUUCUUUUAAAAAAAUGGGAUUUUCAUGUAACGACAAAGAAAAAAGAUCUUUUUACGUUUCCCAGUGGGGACAAAAUCGUGCAGUUUUCUUCAUAUAUCGUCUGAUGAUUGCAUUGUUAUCACUUUCGUGGACCAUAAGUUUCUACGUGUAUUGGAGUAUUCAUUGUAAACGGCAUGUCGCUAAUGCAUAUCGAUAUAUUACUUUAUGGUCGGAUUUCCUCAGAACAACAUACUUUACGUCGGCCUUUGUGCUGUGUCUAGUGGGGCUGGCCAACGAUAAACGGAAUAUUGCUGAGCAAGAUUUUGUCAAAUGGCUGCGAGGCAUGGCGUGGUACCUCCACACAGUUUCUGUUUUGUCCAACUUUGCAGUUACAACAUUUUAUUGGACAUUUGUUGCACCUACUAUGCCCGACGAAGAAGCAUUCGGCAUAUUUAGUAUACUGCUACAUGCUUGCAACAGCGUUCUCAUUAUCUUAGACCUUGUCAUCGUAGCAUUCCCCGUACGCUUACUGCAUUCCAUAUACGGCAUGGCAUUGGCGCUAUUUUAUGGCGUUUUUACUAUUCUUCUAUGGCGUGUCGGCGACACCUCGGCAGUAUAUGAGAUUUUGGAUUGGGAAGUAAAUCCUGGAGUGGCCGCUGCUCUUAUUCUGCUAUCAGCUUUUGUUGGAAGCCCUCUGGCCCAAUUAUUGACAUUUGGGAUAUAUAUACUAAAAAAUAAAGUUCGAAAACAUAAUCAUAAACAUUCAAGCACAGACGAAACAAAUUCAAUGAUUGAAAUAAAAACCGAGGAAGAACAAGCAUGAGAAGCGGCGUUGAAUCAAAGAAGGAAUUCUCUUUGCUAAACAUAUUAUGUUUAUUGGUUUAUUAGUCGGUGGUCAAGCUUGUCGACAAUUUUCAGGCGGUAAAAUGUAUCAUAACUUUAAUCAGCAUUGUAGCCCGUACUCCUUCCUACCCAGCAAUUGUUCGAGAACAAUUACAUCAAUCGUCGGAGUUUGAAUUAUUGUUUGUAUAACCGUGAUACUGUAUUCACUGUUGGGUAAAUUGAAAGCUCUAAUGAUGAAACGCAACGAGCGGACGCUAUA